AUGACGGAUCCAUACAAGCUGGCCGAAGAAAAUAUAAAAUGGCCAGUCCAGAAGCGGUCUUCGUCAGUCUCGACGCUCAUACUCUACGGCGUCGACAUCCCGUGUACAUGGACGAAGCUCAUGAUCACUUCCUGCAAACAGCUCUCAAGAUUUGAGUAUGCCGGUCCGAAGUAUCACGGGUCAACAUAUAUUCUACCGAACAUCAUGUCUGGUCUUGAGCAGCAGCAAGACUCGCUGCGGGUUCUGCACCUUGCUCCAGAAGAUGAUGAUUGCUGGGAUGAGCCUGAUUCGACCCACGCGCGCAUCGAUGGUUUCCACCGAUUACAUGCCCUGGAAAACCUCUCUACAUCAUUUCGAGUACUGCUUGGUACACCGCCUAUGAACUAUACCGGCGAAGGAAACUGGAAAUACCCUCGGAUGCGGGAUAUACUUCCCCAUAGCCUACAAGAGUUGUUUCUGUCUACAACGGCUACGAUGGUAUCCCACAACUACCGUGAUGGAUAUUAUGAUCUCUUCAACAGCGCUCUUCCCCUACAAGCAAAUGGUCUAUACUUGAAGAAGAUCCGCGUAGCAUACUCAGACAUGAUCACAGGCGCUCAUUCGUUGCCCUUCAAUUUCUGGGACAUCAAGAACUCAUACGUUGCACACGGAGUGGAGUUUGACUACUCUAUAUCCAUCAGCGCAGAUCGAGAUGAGCCGGGACUAUCUCUUACAGAUGCGCACAUUAACGAUAUGGUUUCCAUGCUCAAGAGUUACGGGCCGAAGGCAGUCGAAAUGGCUCAUCACUUCACUUGUUUCGGAAGCCAAAUAGUGCAGAAAGUACUGUCUGAACUAGGCUAUUCCGAAGACUGGAUAAGCAGCGAGGAAGGCCGGAAGUAUAUGUUCGUAUCGUGA